CCCGGCGCCGCGGACUCGUCGCCACGGCAACGCGGCCUUACUGGCCAACCGACCCGGGCCUGGGGCUGCGCGGCGGGCCUCGUGGGCAGAGCCUGGCAUGGACAGCCUCUUCGUGGAGGAGGUGGCCGCCUCCCUGGUCCGGGAGUUCCUCAGCAGAAAGGGCCUGAAGAAGACGUGCGUGACCAUGGACCAGGAACGCCCACGCUCCGCUCUCAGCAUAAACAGCAGAAACAACCUCCGCAAGGUUUUGCAUCUUGAAUUUCUCUACAAGGAGAACAAGGCAAAGGAAAAUCCUCUGAAAACAAGCCUUGAACUCAUUACCAGAUACUUUCUGGAUCACUUUGAAAAUACUGCCAACAGCUUCACUCAAGAAACACCAAUGCCUGCACUUCCAAAGAAAAGUAACAAAUUGCCGUUGAGAUGCUCAGAGGCCACCCUGGUAAAUGUAUAUGACCUUGCAGAUGAAGAUGCAACGUGGAGAACAUCACUAUCAGAAACAAGCAAAGCCAGACACGACCAUCUUGAUGGGGAUAUACUUGGCAAUUUUGUAUCAUCCAAAAGGCCCCCCCACAAAAGUAAGCCGGUGCCGACUGUCCCGGCCGAGAGCCCCGCUGUGGCCCCUGUGUGGGAGAAGAAAGACAGGCUCCAGCCGUCAGAGCCUGCCUUGGACACAAAGAGCAUGGGAGAGAAGUUCAGGACCAAGUCUGGCCUGAUUGUCCGAGGCCUGAUGGCCGGGCCCACCGCCAGCUGCUCACAGGACUCCCUCCGCAAGCGCUCCCCGCGGCGGCCCCUGGCCCUGAGCAGCGUGGCCCAGCCCCAGGAGGAGGAGGAGGGCCGGAGAGCCCCCGAGCUGCCCACCCGCACCCUGGCCUGCCCUGCCCCACAGGAGGGCCUGGCUCCCAGCGCCGGCCCCACCUCCAGGAGCCCCCUGGGCCAGCUCAGUGAGCCCCUUGCAGAGAAGCACAGGCCCCCAACUGGCACCCCUUCCCACUUGCCCAGCCCAGGGCUGCUCCAGGGCAGCGGCCGGUGGAGAGGACUUUGUGAGGACAGCCUAGCCGCCGACAGUGGCCCGGAGGCCGACGGGACGCCCUUGAAGUUCUCCUUGCCGGGAGGGAGUGCCAGGGCGACCCAGGAGAGGCUGGAAAGAGCAUUUAAGAGGCAGGGCAACCAGUGCCUGCCCCUCAGGAAACAUCAGGUACCAGUGCCCUGCAAGGUCGAUGCUGAGCUGGGGGCCCUGCAGCUCGAGGAUGUGGAGGAUGUGGAGGACGAGCCGAUACGGGAGGAAGUCAUUCUCGCUCCAGUCCCAUCAGCGCUCAGGCUGCACAUAGCGUCAAAGCCAAUCGACCCCUCAGUGGCAAAGGACAUGAAGACCCUUCUGUUUGGUUCCAGCUUUUGCUGUUUCAAUGAAGAGUGGAAGCUGCAGAGUUUUUCCUUUAGUGACGUGGCCUCGUUAAAAUAUGGCAUCGUGCAGAACAAGGGUGGUCCCUGCGGGGUUCUGGCGGCUGUCCAAGGCUGUGUCCUGCAGAAACUGCUGUUUGAAGGAGCCGGCGACGCUGACUGCGCUCGGCAGCUGCAACCGUCCAAUGCCCACAGGACCCACUGCCUGGCCCUGGCCAUCGCGGACAUUUUGUGGCGGGCUGGGGGCCACGAGAGAGCCGUGGUCACACUGGCUUCGGGAACACAGCAGUUCAUUCCAACAGGGAAAUACAAAGCAGAUGGAGUCUUAGAAACACUCAUACUCUACGAUUUGACCUGCUAUGAGGAGCUGGUGGCUUUUCUCCAACAAAGCAUCCAUCAGUUCGAAGUGGGCCCCUAUGGAUGCAUCCUGCUCACCCUGUCUGCCAUCCUGUCCCGGUCCACUGAGCUCGUCCGCCAGGACUUUGAUGUCCCCACCAACCACCUGAUUGGCGCGCACAACUACUGCACACAGGAACUUGUCAAUCUGCUCCUGACCGGGAAAGCUGUGUCUAAUGUUUUCAACGACGUGCUGGAGCUGGACUCCGGGAACGGGAACAUCACGCUCCUCAAAGGCAUCGCUGCCCGCAGCGACGUGGGCUUCCUGUCCCUCUUUGAGCACUACAGCGCGUGCCAGGUGGGCUGCUUCCUGAAGACCCCGCGGUUCCCCAUCUGGGUGGUGUGCAGCGAGAGCCACUUCAGCGUGCUCUUCAGCCUGCAGGCCGAGCUCCUGCGGGACUGGAGGGCCGAGCGGCUCUUCGACCUGUUCUACUACGACGGCCUGGCCAACCAGCAGGAGCAGAUCCGGCUGACCGUCGACACCACCCAGCUUGUCCCUGAGGACAGAGACAAUGACCUCGUCCCGCCCCUCGAGCUCUGCAUCAGGACCAAGUGGAAGGGGGCGUCCGUGAACUGGAACGGCUCAGACCCGAUCCUGUGAGCCUUGGUGUGGGAGAGUUCUAUGACUCCACUCGUCACAGGGUGAUAGCUGAGCCCCCGGCCUCAGGGACGAGUCUCGGACGGGUGUCACCCCACCUGGGCCAGCACUGCUGCAGAAGCAUCCAGAACCUCUGCUCUUU